AUGGCCGUGGAACAUGGGGAGGGUGGCAAAGGAGGCACCUCCAAAAGCUUGGGGCUGCGGGCACUGGGGGGAAGGCAAGGAGGGAAGAGGAUGUGGGUUGCUGUCCCCAUGGUCCACCUGUCCUCCCCUGUGAUGCUGCUGCUCCUACAGCUGGCUGGGGGUGCUCCCAUGGGCCAGGGGCUGUACCCCAUGCCAGCUAGCGUCCUGCAAGCACUGUCGAGCCGGGGGACGCUGGUGUUGGAAGCAGCACUGAGGAGCGCGCUGCUGGCACUGGAGCAGGCACUGGCUGAGCAGCAGAAGCAACGGGGUGCCUGUGGGCUCUGUGCUCCCUGCCUCUUCCCUCCCUGUGCCAACAUCACCCGAAGCUGCCCACCCCCUGCCAUGCCCCCUGCCGUGCCCCCCAGCUGCCAGGCCCUGCUGGAUGCCCAGGAUCUGCCCGAACUGCCCCAACGCCACUGGGCUCUGAGCCAGGCGUGUGCCUCCUACCUGCGCCUGUGCCCCCCCCAGGGCACUCAGCCUGCCUGCACCCUGCUCAGUGCCCAGCGCUGCCAGCACCGCCUCCAGGAGUGCCUGCUGGCGAAGGCAGCCCCAGAUCCCAGCAUAGCAGCAACGAUGCCAGAGCGCUGCGGGAGCCGGGCGGACCCCUCCACCAACAGCACAGCCCCACGAGGACGCAUCAUGGGCGGCAGCGUGGCCCGGCGCGGGGCUUGGCCAUGGCUGGUGUCGGUGCGGCUGCACGGGGAGCUGGUGUGCGGUGGGGUGUUGGUGAGCCACACGUGGGCCCUCACUGCUGCCCACUGCUUCAACGGGAACCAGAACGAGCUGGCAUGGACGGUGGUGGUGGGUGACCACGAGCUGGGCAAGGCGGACCCUGGGGAGCGGGCAGUGCCUGUGCGACGCAUCGUGCCUCACCCCAAGUUCAAUCCCAAGACGUUUCAUGGGGACUUGGCGCUGCUGGAGCUGGCAGAGCCACUGGCACCAUCAGGCACCGUGAGCCCCGUGUGCCUGCCCAGCGGUACCACUGAGCCCAGCCCCGGCACCCCCUGUCACAUUGUGGGCUGGGGGUCCCUGUAUGAAGAGGGGCCGUCGGCCGAGGUGGUGAUGGAGGCACAGGUGCCCCUGCUCAGCCAGGAGACGUGUCGGGCAGCUCUGGGCAGAGAGCUGCUCACCAGCGCCAUGUUCUGUGCUGGAUAUCUGUCUGGGGGCAUCGAUUCCUGCCAGGUAAUGCCAACCCACAACAUGGCAGUGCCCUGGGCAUGGGGUGAGCACACAGCCUGUCCUGCUUGGCCUGAUGUGAAGCUGUCCCCCCCCCAGGGUGACUCGGGUGGUCCACUGGUGUGUCAGGACCCCUCCUCGUACCGCUUUGUCCUGUAUGGCAUCACCUCGUGGGGUGAUGGCUGUGGUGAGCGGGGUAAGCCAGGUGUCUACACUCGCGUGGCUGCCUUUGCCGACUGGCUCAGCCUGCAGAUGGACUCUGUUCCUGGCAGCUGGGAGCCAAGCUGCUUUGACCUGCUGGCCCUGUCCCAGCUGCCCCCUGAGCAGCAGCCCCUCGAGCACACCCGUCUCUGCUCCUUCUAUGCGGGGUCCUGCCGGGCUGCCCCAGGCCAAGCCAGCUGCACCCACCUUGCCAAUGAGACGUGCCGUGCCCGGAUGAGGCGAUGCGAGCUGCAUUCCUACGCCCAGACCCUGGUGGGUCUCCUGCGCCGGGCUGGGGAUUUCAUCCGAAACCAGCUUGACUUCUCUUUCCUCACCCGCACCCUGCCCCAGCUCCUGGGCAAGAUCUAUGGUCAUCUCUUCCCUGUCCGCAUCCGUAGAGAUGCCCCAGACCCAGUGAUGGUCGAGCACCCCACAUCUGAGGGACCCCUGAGACCAACCCACAGGUACUUGCAGAGAAAUGGGCUGAGUGGAGCACUGCCCCCAUGA